AUGUUGAAUAGUACAUUGAAUUCACAUUCAACAGAUUCGAACGAGGAAUCUAAUCAUCAUCAUCAUCAUCAUCAUCAUCCUAACAACAAUAAUUGUUAUCCUCAUUCAUCAUUGUUACCACCAUCAUUACCAUUAUUUACAUCAUCAAUAAUAAAUAAACAACAUAAACAUAAAUUAAAAAUGAAAUUAUGGAUUAAACAAUUGAAGCAUUAUUUACGUUGUAUGGAUUAUAAACGAUAUAAUGAUAUACGUUUACGUAAAUAUUUACAAACAUUAAUUAUGUUUGAUUAUCAGGUUACAUCAACAUCGUCAACAACAUCGUCGACAACCUCAACAACGACUUCGUCAACAUCGACAUUGACAUCCUCAACGAAUAGAACUUUAUCAAAACUAAAAAAAUUUUCUAAAAUGAAAAAAUAUUUUACAAAAUAUAAUGCUCAUUUAGGAAUAAGAUCUAAAUUGAAAAUAGAUCUAGAUCAUAAAUCUUAUGAUUAUCAUGAUGAUAGAGAAAAUAAUCGAAAACAAAUUGAUGAUUUAGAAUUGUGUAGAACAAUAAAUAUAAAAGAGAAAUUUGAUGAAACACUGAAGAAAUCAACGAAUCAAUUCAGAAAUACAACUGAUUGGACAAAAUUGAAAUGUAUCCAUCAACCAUUACAACAAAAUCAAUCAGAUUAUUUGAAUCAUAAUGAAGAUAAUCAUCAUUUAAAGAAUCAAAUAGAAUUGAAUUCUUAUGAAAAUGAUCAUCAUGAUCAUCAUCGAAAUACAAUAAGUCCAAUUGAUCAAAUGAAAUCCUUAAUCAAUGGUACAUUAACAUAUGAUAGUGGAAUAGGAAAUUCAGAACAUAUUGAACAAUUAAAUAAAGAGACUACUACUGCUACUACUACUACUACUAAUACUACUGAAAUAAUACAUUCAAGUAGUAUAAAUAGUGAUGAUAAUAUUAAUCAUAAAGAUGAUGAUGCAUUAGAUUUAACUGUAAACAAAUUAUUUACUAAAAAUACUUUGAAUCAAGAACACUUCCUAUUUGAUAAUGGAAAACAUCAACAAACUAUUGAAGAUAGUCAAUUGUAUGAAUCGUAUAUUAAAGGUGUAACAAUGAAUCAAUUAAUGCAAUUUCUACCAUAUUCAUCUUCAUCAGAAUGUUAUAAUUUAACUUUAAAAACAACACCGACAACAACAACAACAACAACAUCACCCACUAUUCCACUUCUUCCAUCUACAUCGACUGUUAAUAAUAGUAAUUUCUGUCCAUAUACUCAAAUAUCAUCUUUAUAUGGAACAUCAUAUCAACCAUUCGAAUUAACAAAGAAUUCAUCAACAUCAUCAUCGUCAUCGGUAGAUUUAUUCACUGCAGCAGCAGCAGCCUAUGCAGCAGCGGCGGCGGCGGCCGCUGCUGCUGCUUCCUUAGUUCAACCAACAAUAUCAUCAAACAUUACCACUAUUCCAACAACAACAACAACAAUGAUCCAUUCACCAAUGCUAUCAACUAAUGAUCAUGAUCAUCAUGCAUUGAUGUUAACAACAAUGAUGAAAGAAAGAUCAUCAACCUAUUCAAAUACAUUAGAACAAAUGAAUCAUAGAUUAUUAACAUUACCAAUGAAUAAUAAUGGUACAUCAAUGAUACCACAAAACUUAUUAACAUUGUUUACAAAUUCAAAUUAUAAUUGGCCGCCAAAAUCAUCAACCCCUGUAUCCAAUAGUAAUAAUAAUAAUAAUAAUGAAUUAAUGUAUAAACAUCGUUUACAAUAUCAAUUACCUCCUGGAUCAUUUAUAAAUCAACCUUAUUCAGAGAAUCAAUCCAUUAUGCAUAUGGAUGAAGAAUAUUUAAUGAAUGAAGAAAGUCCAAAUGAAUUCAAUCAAUUCAAAUCAUCACCUACAAUAGAAUAUGGUCAUUAUGAACAGAAACUAAAUCUUCAUAAUGAUAAUAGUGAUAAUGAUAAUCAUGAUGAUGAUGAUGAUCAUGAUGAUGAUGGUGAUUAUGAUGAAGAUUGUUUAACCAUACAAAGACAACAACAAAUAUCAUCAACAAUGAUAACGACUACAACAAUAACAACAACAACAGCUACUACUACUACUACUACACGAACAUCAACUACCACAACAUCAUCAUCACGUCCAUCUGAAGAUUAUUUAGAACAAUUUAUGAAAAUUGAUCAGUCACAAAAUAUAUUAUGGCGUCAAUUAGCUGAUCGAUUUCAACGUACACUUGGUCCAAAUCAAUGUGGUGUUUGUAAUAAAGUACUUAGUUGUCGUAGUGCAUUAACAAUGCAUUAUCGUGUACAUACAGAAGAACGUCCAUUUGUCUGUAUUAUAUGUGAUAAACGAUUUUCAACUAAGGGUAAUUUAAAAACUCAUUUAGGACAACAUCAUGAAACAAUAGAAGCAUAUCGUACAGCAGUUGCUAUAGCAAUGGCAACUGGGACUGCAUUACCACGACCUCCACCAAUGUCAUCUACUACUGUUACAGUUCCACUUUCAAAUUCUAUUUCAAUACCUCAAGUGAUUAGUUCAAUAUCUUUAUCAAAUCAUACACCAACUAUAUCGUCCUCUUCUACCUUAUCUCCUUCAUCCACAAUCUCAACUUUUUCAUCUUCAUUUAAUAAACUAUCAAAAAAUUCACCAAUUAGCCCGUCAACAUCUCAACCAAUUUAUGUGAAUGAUUCGAAAUUGAAUAAUAAUAAUAACAAUGAAUUACAGUUCACUUCAACUACAUUCUCGUUACCAUGGUUACCACCUACAAGUCAACAAUCCUUAGCUCUAUUGAAUUCCAAUUGUUCCGUAGGAAAUUUUCAAAAACGAAUGGAUUCCAAUUAUUCAUAUGAUUUAAUGUUAUAUGAUAAAGGUAAAGAGAAUUAUCGAAUGAAUACUACUACUACUACUAAUACUACUGAUAAUAAUCAUUGUCACUUAUCAAUGAGUAAUACAAAUCAAUUAUUACAACAUUAUAAUACACAUAAUCGUAAUCAGUUUGAAUCUAUGAAAUUCACAACCAAUUAUACUGAAUUAUCGAAAUGUAUUGAUUCUAGUAACGAUGAUGAUAAUAAUAACGAUCCAAUCAAUAUGAAUAACAAUGACGAUGAUGAUGAUGAUGGUGAUGGUGAUGAUGAUGAGAAUGAAGUUGAUAUUACUGUUGGAAUUGAUUCUGGUACUUGUGAAUCUGUAAUCAUUGUUGAUGACAAUGAGAAACAAUAUCAUCGAAAUAAUGAACAACAUUUAUCAAGGAAUGGUAUUGUUGAAUAUAAAUCAACAACUCCAUCACCAUCAUCGUCAUCAUCAUCAUCAUUAUCAUCAUCACCAUCAUUAUUUCCUUUAUCCAUGAUUUCUACUACUACUACAACUACUACAACUACAACUACUACUAGUACUACUAAUAGUAGUAAUAGUAGUAGUACAACAAAUGAAACAUUAAUUCAUAAAAAAGAUUUCUAUCUUGAUUAUACAACAAAUAAAUUUUUAUCAGUUGCUAACUGUUUGUAAA